AUGUUAUCGAUACAAGUUGCAGAUUGGCAGAAAAUCCGAACUAUUGACUUGGAUGGGAAAACAAUAAAAUUGCAAAUUUGGGACACUGCGGGCCAGGAAAGGUUUAGAACUAUUACAUCUAGUUAUUAUAGGGGAGCUCAUGGAAUUAUCGUUGUUUAUGAUUGUACUGACCAAGACUCAUUCAACAAUGUAAAACAGUGGUUAGAAGAAAUUGACCGUUAUGCCUGUGACAAUGUCAACAAAUUACUCGUAGGAAAUAAAAGUGAUUUGAGUACCAAGAAAGUCGUCGAUUUUACUACAGCUAAGGAGUAUGCCGACCAGUUAGGUAUACCCUUUCUAGAAACUUCAGCUAAGAAUGCCGUUAAUGUAGAGCAGGCUUUCAUGACAAUGGCGGCAGAAAUAAAAAAUAGAUUGGGGCCACCAUCUUCAGCAGCCGAUCAGGGUAAUAAAGUUAGGUUCGAUCAAAGUCGCCCAGUGGAAACUACCAAAUCAGGAUGCUGCUGAAAAUUUUGAAAGGUUGAAGGUGAUUUUUGUUCAUCUCUUUUUGUACAGUAGCAUAUGCUACAAAUUAUUUUAUAGUAAUAUCCGUCUGAACGUAUCAUUAUUUUAAAAAAAAUCGAUAACUUAAUUUUGUUGAGAGUUUGUUCAAAUUUCAUAAAAAUACUAGCGUUGAUUAGCCUAAUUUAUACUUUCUGUAAUGCAAUCGAUAAUUUAUUACUGAGUCGACAAUUAUGUAAAUUAUAUAUAUAAAACGAGAAAUACACAUUCAGAUUUUCCACAAAGCUUUGUUAACUUUCUUGCGUUUCAAUGGUAGGUUUUUGUUGGUCCAAUCGUUUAGAAUUGUAAUCAUUUUUUACUUUGUAGUUGAAAAUGUUUUGUUUAUUUACACAGAAAAUAUAUAACAAUAGUUAAGGGUUAAAUUAAAUAUGUGAUGUAUUUCCUAGUAAGAAUGUAUGAAUCUUGGUUGAAGGUUUGUUUGUAAAAUAAUCAAAAACAUUAAAACAUAUAUUAGCCAGGACUGAGUUUUGUAUUGUAUUAUUCCUGAAACAAGAAAAACUUAUUUAUAGGAAAAAUUGCACUAGAGAGGAAAGUUCUGCACUAAUUUCAAAUUAUUUCUAUUAUUUUCAACAGGCAAUCUGCGUUUCGAUGGAUAGUUAAAAGUUGAAGAAAUUUGAAUACUAGUUGAUUAACUUUUGUAUGAUACAAUACAACUUCAUUUUUGUAGAUCAUAUUUGUAUGAGAAUUAUUGUAAACAAGUAUAAAAUAAAGGUAUAAUAAGUG